AUGGACGAGAGAGGAAGAUCCUGCCCAGUGCUGACUUCAGCCCGAAUCUGUGUUAAGAUUGUUUCCCGGAGAGGCCGCUUUCUCGUGCGCAUAUGUUUCCAGGGCGACGAGAGCGCUUGCCCCACCCGGGACUUCGUGGUGGGCGCGCUCAUCCUGCGCUCCAUCGGCAUGGAGCCCGGCGACAUCUACGCCGUCAUCCAGAUCCCCGGCAGCCGCGAGUUCGACGUGAGUUUCCGCUCGGCCGAGAAGCUGGCCCUGUUCCUGCGCGUCUACGAGGAGAAGCGCGAGCGGGAGGACUUCAUCCUCUUCCGGAACGAGACCGUGGACGUGGAGGACAUCGAGACCCGGCUCAAGCGCCACUGCGAUGUGCUGGCCGUGCCCGUGACGGUGACCGACAGGUUCGGGAUCUGGACCGGGGAGUACAAGUGUGAGAUCGAGCUGCGCCAGGGCGAGGGCGGCGUCCGGCACCUGCCGGGGGCCUUCUUUCUGGGGGCCGAGCGGGGCUACAGCUGGUACAAGGGGCAGCCCAAGACGUGCUUUAAAUGUGGUUCCCGGACCCACCUGAGCGGCAGCUGCACGCAGGACAGGUGCUUCAGGUGCGGGGAGGAGGGGCACCUGAGCCCUUACUGCCGAAAGGGCAUCGUGUGCAACCUCUGUGGCAAGCGGGGGCACGCCUUCGCCCAGUGUCCCAAAGCGGUUCACAAUUCCGUGGCACCUCCGCUGCCCGGUGUGGCCGGGCACUGAGCACCCGCCUGCCUGCCUGCCUGCCUGCCAGGGUGAAGACAGAGCCAGUUUACCCCCUCUUAAGUGCCAAAACCUUUUUUGAAACCAUUUUCUAUCGUGUUUGAAAGAGAUCUUUUUAAACAAGAGAUGUCUCUCUCUCUCUCUGCCUUCUUAAGCCGAGUGUACUCCAUUUCAGCCUUUUCUGAAUUGGUGACUCUCAUCAGUCGUGACUACCGACAACUGUUAGUGUGCAGUUCUGUCGCCAGUCCCUCUGUUGAAUUUUGUUUUCGUUUUUUUGUAAUUAGGGGACAGGGGGUGGUUUGUACUUGUUACUCCCUAUGUCGUGUCUUCUCCCCGAAUUUUCACCCUUUGGGCUGCCUUGCUCAUCUUGAUGUCCUAGCACUAAGUACAGGGCCCAGCACGUGGUAGACACUGCUCUCCAUCAGUGUUUGUUGACUUGAAAACGUUGUUGACUGUGACUUCUGUCAGGAUGCCCAUU